CACCGAUUGAUACUUUGCAUUCAUCUAUUAGUCUAUGUAGAAACACUGACGUAAACAAGGGUUAUUUUAUAACUUCACGACUUAUAACCAAGGAUCUACAACGAUUGUUUUAAUGCGUUUGGUAAUUAACAGUUGUACAUUUGGUAAAUCGCUUUAUGGCCACAGAAUAUUUUAUGACUUGACAUAUGUUUACUUUAUCAUUUACCAUGGACAUGGACAUGAUAUAAGUGGAUUUACAUUUACAAAAACUGAAAAAUUUUUACCUUACUACUGUGAUAUCGUAAAGUGAUAAAAUGACUUUAAACCUUUCUUAUAUUCCACUUGCUUCGUCCAUAAAUCCAAGUUUUUGGAAUAAACUCUCGGAGUUGAAACUAGAGGUGUACAAACUAGAUGAAAGAGAGAAACAUGUUUGGGGUUACUUCACCAUCCUGUCCAACAAAAUAUUACCGACCUCCCUUCUCGAAGUAGAUAGUACAUCUUUCAAUUCGGAAUUUAUAGGACAAAACAUGUACUUACCCUUUCAUGGAAAAUUAUUCAAUAAAAAUACUCUGGAGCAAUUCAGGGAGUGUGAUAAAAUGGAACUCAUUAACAAUGAAGGGAAAUCCAUUUAUUUGAAAAUUAAAAAUGGUGAGGCCCUAGAAGACCCUUCUGUGUUGAAUUCUUUCGUAAUAUUGUCAUUUGCUGAUCUAAAGAAAUUUCACUACUAUUACUGGUUCGCUUUCCCUGUUCCACAGGGAUUAAUUGUCAAAAUAGUCAACUCUUGCCCAGUAACAAGUACAUUUUCAGAUGAUGAGGUGAGUACCUCAGAAAAUUAUUUGAAUUAUAUUUCGUUUAUUUCAAUAUCAAGAGCUCAUGGUUCAUAUACCAAACUUUUAUUUUAUCUUCAACUUUAAGAAAGUUAUGAUGAA